AGCGUCGCAGGAGAUUUCAAACGUAAAAUAUAAUUCUGACUAUAGAACGCAGACUGAAAAUAUUCUAACUGAAAAUGCUAAAAGUGAAAAAGAACAAAAAGCCAAAGCAACAACCGGCUCCCAUAGAAAUGGAGGAGUCCGAGUCGGAGGAGGCAUCAUUGAGUGAGUCGGAGCCGGAGAAGGAACCUUCGGAUGAGUCAGAAACGCCGGAGGAGGAACCUUCGAGUGACUCUGAGCCGGAGCAGGAACCUUCGGAUGAGUCCGACAUAGAGCCGGAGGAACAGGACGCUUCUUCCGAUGACGACGAAAUAAUUAAGCUGGGCAACGGAAGAAAUGGAACGGGGCCGGAGGAGGCAACCUCGGGUGAGUCGGAGCCGGAAAAUGAACUUGCGUAUGAGUCCGACUCAGAGCCGGAGGAACAGGACGCUUCGUCGGAUGACGACAAAACGGAUCUGGGAAAAUUUAAUAACGUAAAAAAGCCGUGGAAGGGCUAUUUGAGUGAGUCGGAGGCGGAGACUGAAAAUUCGGAUGAGUCUGACUCGGAUAACGACUCAGAAAUACUAUAUUUAAACUUUAAAGAAGAGCAGGUGGCGGAGGCUUCUUCGAGUCAGUCGGAGUCUGAGAAGGCUUCUUUAAAUGAGUCGGAGCCGGAGAAGGAACCUUCGGAUGAGUCUGACUUAGAGCCGGAGGAACAUGGCACUUCCUCGGCUGACACCGAUGAUAAAAAUCUGGCCACGUCUGAAGACUAUAAAAUGGGCCUCGCCGAAAACGGGAAAAAGCCGAAGAAGGCUGUAUUGAGUGAGUCGGAGCCGGAGAACGAACCUUCGGAUGAGUCUGACUUAGAGCCGGAGGAACGUGGUGCUUCCUCGGAUGACGCCGAUUAUAAAAAUCUGGCCACGUCUGAAGACUAUAAAAUGGGCCUCGCCGAAAACGGGAAAAAGCCGAAGAAGGCUGUAUUUAGUGAGUCGGAGCCGGAGAACGAAUCUUCGGAUGAGUCUGACUUAGAACCGGAGGAGCGAGGUGCUUCCUCUGAUGACGCCGAUUAUAAAAAUCUGGCUUUGUCUAAAGACAACAAAAUGGACCUGGCCAAAAACGGGAAAAAGCCGAAGAAGGCUGUAUUGAGUGAGUCGGAGCCGGAGAACGAACCUUCGGAUGAGUCUGACUUAGAGCCGGAGGAACGCGGUGCUUCCUUGGAUGACGCCGAUUAUAAAAAUCUGGCUUUGUCUAAAGACAAUAAAAUGGGCCUCGCCGAAAACGGGAAAAAGCCGAAGAAGGCUGUAUGGAGUGAGUCGGAGCCGGAGGACGAACCUUCGGAUGAGUCUGACUUAGAGCCGGAGGAACGUGGUGCUUCCUCUGAUGACGCCGAUUAUAAAAAUCUGGCUUUGUCUAAAGACAAUAAAAUGGGCCUCGCCGAAAACGGGAAAAAGCCGAAGAAGGCUGUAUGGAGUGAGUCGGAGCCGGAGAACGAACCUUCGGAUGAGUCUGACUUAGAGCCGGAGGAACGUGGUGCUUCCUCUGAUGACGCCGAUUAUAAAAAUCUGGCUUCGUCUAAAGACAAUAAAAUGGGCCUCGCCGAAAACGGGAAAAAGCCGAAGAAGGCUGUAUGGAGUGAGUCGGAGCCGGAGAACGAACCUUCGGAUGAGUCUGACUUAGAGCCGGAGGAACGUGGUGCUUCCUCUGAUGACGCCGAUUAUAAAAAUCUGGCUUCGUCUAAAGACAAUAAAAUGGGCCUCGCCGAAAACGGGAAAAAGCCGAAGAAGGCUGUAUUGAGUGAGUCGGAGCCGGAGAACGAACCUUCGGAUGAGUCUGACUUAGAGCCGGAGGAACGUGGUGCUUCCUCGGAUGACGCCGAUUAUAAAAAUCUGGCUUUGUCUAAAGACAAUAAAAUGGGCCUCGCCGAAAACGGGAAAAAGCCGAAGAAGGCUGUAUUGAGUGAGUCGGAGCCGGAGAACGAACCUUCGGAUGAGUCUGACUUAGAGCCGGAGGAACGUGGUGCUUCCUCGGAUGACGCCGAUUAUAAAAAUCUGGCUUUGUCUAAAGACAUCAAAAUGGACCUGGCCAAAAACAGGAAAAAGCCGAAGAAGGCUGUAUUUAGUGAGUCGGAGCCGGAGAACGAAUCUUCGGAUGAGUCUGACUUAGAACCGGAGGAACGUGGUGCUUCCUCUGAUGACGCCGAUUAUAAAAAUCUGGCUUUGUCUAAAGACAACAAAAUGGACCUGGCCAAAAACGGGAAAAAGCCGAAGAAGGCUGUAUUUAGUGAGUCGGAGCCGGAGAACGAACCUUCGGAUGAGUCUGACUUAGAGCCGGAGGAACGUGGUGCUUCCUCGGAUGACGCUGAUGAUACAAAUAUUGCCAACUUUAAGAACGGAUCCAAAUCCGAUCGCACCAAGCCGAAGCCAAAGGAACAGGACGCAGAGCUGCCUAUUUCCUCGGAAGACGACGAUGAAAUGGACCUGGCCAACUUCAAGAACGGCUCCAGAUCCACUCGCGUCAAGCCCGCCAAAAAGGCCAAGAGGGGCAUUAUUUACAUAUCUAAUAUUCCCAAGCACAUGAAUGUGACCCGCCUGCGCGAAAUCCUAGGAGAGUACGGAAAAAUCGGAAGAGUUUACCUGCAGCCGGAGAAGCUGUCGAGUGCCAAGGCCAAGAAGAACAAGCGCAAGCGCUACAACAUCCACUUCACCGAGGGCUGGGUAGAGUUCGAGUCGAAGGGGAUCGCCAAGUUCCUCGCCACCGUGCUGAACAACUCGAAGAUCUCCACGCGCAAGAAGUCACAGUUCUACGACUCGCUGUGGAGCAUGAAAUAUCUCCCGCGCUUCAAGUGGGUGCACCUCACCGAGCGCAUGAACUACGAGCAGGCGGUGCACAAGCAGCGCCUGCACACCGAGGUCUCGCAGGCUCGCAAGGAGACCACCUUCUUCCAGAACAAUCUCGACAAGAGCGACUACCUCAAGAAGCAGGCUAAGAAGGCUGAUAAGGCUGAAACGUAUGAGAUGCCUCCUAAGAAGAAGGUUAAGAAGGCCGUGAGCGGGAGUGAGGACUGAGCCUGAGUUAGACUGACGUUUCAAUGGUUACCUGAUUAAUUAAGCAUCUGUAAUUUAAACCGAUUAACUAGCUGGCCUUAAAUAUAACUCUCUGCGAUAUCAUAAAAUA